AUGUCUACAGCCCAUGCAUAUCGUAUCCAUGGCAAAGGAGCAGAAGAAAUGCAAGAGAUUGUAUAUAAAUGUGAAAGAUUAUGUGGUCAAGGCAAUUUCUCGAGCGUCUUUCAAGCGCAGCUAUUGCAACCGGAGCAAAGAGUAAUUGCGAUCAAGAAUAUCUGGAACACAAGAAAGUAUAGUCGAAGUGCUAAUGAAGAGAUUAGUAUUUUGAAGGAGAUGCAGCAUGAAAACAUCAUUUCACUGCUCUACUACUUCUCCAAACAAGUUGAUAAUGAUUGGAUUGUGAGCUUAGUGCUCGAAUAUCUGCCGGAGACCAUGAUGAUUUCGAGAAAUAAAAGGAACUUUGUCUUCUCACCAUUUCAAAUCAAACUUUAUUCCUGGCAAAUGUUUUCAGCCUUGGAAUAUAUUCAUGCCAAAUCAAUAAUUCAUUUGGAUAUAAAGCCAUCAAAUAUUGUAAUUGAUCAUAAGCUGGGCUUAAUCAAACUGACGGACUUUGGCAAUUCGGUGAAGAUUGAUCCGAUGAAACCGCCCAUGAACUGUUAUCAGGUUACUCGAUUCUACAGGCCACCGGAACUUCUGUUUGGAUCAAUCAGUUUCACUUGUGCUAUUGACUUGUGGUCAUUGGGCUGUGUCAUCUACGAAAUGACAUCAAAUCGAACGCUAUUCAAAGGCAAAUCAUCGAUUGAACAAAUGGAAUUGAUAUUGGAUGUAUUCGGUUACCCUACCGCACAAGAUGUCGUGAACAUGAAGAUUUCAAGGCCUCGUGCACCUAAGAGAGACGCUCGUGGUCUUCAAUUGUAUAUAGCUCAGACGAUUCCGGAGGACAUGAUUGCUUUUCUCAGUAAUUUUCUCCAAAUUGAUCCCACCAAACGGCUUUCGGCACAUGAAGCUUUGACUCUCAGCUUCUUCGAUGAACUAAUUCAAAACAUUGAGAACUACGAAAUAACGAUGCCAGACUUUGUGAGAAAGAAGUUGGCCAAAUAA